UCUGGAGUCUGUCUGAGAGCUGCUCUGUGACGGACAUCAGGAGGAGGAGUGGCUGCUGUCAAGGAAAACUACCUGGAAAAUUCCUUCCAUUUUUCUCAUACAACAAAAAGAAAGAAAGAAAGAAAGAAAAGCUGCUGCAGAGAGAUUUCAGCGCUGAGAGGAAGGUUUCCUGCAGUAAAGCAUGGCUAAACAUGACAUCCCUCAUCCGUCAAUGUCUGCAGCUUAAAAACUGAAUAUUCAUCACUUUUAUUAAGCUUUGCUGGACUAAAUAUGACAAACUGUGGCGGCGGUGCUCUUUCAAAAUAUGACAUCCUGCCAAGGAACCCUGACCACGUGAUCAAUGGAGUGUUGGCACGAGACACUGCAUCUACAAAUUAGCUAGAAGAGCCGUACAUGCAGCAGGAGAAGCUUUUGCUCUCUGCACUGGGAGGAGCAGAACGAGGCAGAAGGUGGAAGCUAAUUGAGGAACAGAUGUGGCGUCAGUCUGUGAGACACUCGACAACUUAAUGCACCCAACAGAUUACAAUGGUUCCAGUCGAGAACGUGAGCGGCUUCCCUGCAGCUGACCGAUGCCCCAACUGCAGCUCCACCGUCUACCCCGAGGUGGACGUAGCCAAAGCGGUGGUUUUGGGGGCCGUGCUGCUGGUGUUUGUGGUGUUCGGGGUCCUCGGCAACGUCCUGGUCAUCCUGUCGGUGCUGUUCCACCACCACUGGCGCUCGGUGACACAUUACUUCAUCGCCAACCUGGCGGCCGCCGACCUGCUGCUCAGCUCCGCCGUCCUGCCCUUCUCCGUCGCCUCCGAGGCUCUGGGCAGGUGGGUCUUCGGCCGGUUCUUCUGCAGCGUCUGGGCCGCCCUGGACGUCCUCUGCUGCACCGCCUCCAUCCUCAGCCUCUGUGUGAUCUCCAUCGAUCGCUACCUGGCCGUCAGCUACCCCCUGCACUACCCGGCCAUCGCUACCGGCCGGCGAGGCCUGACGGCAGUGGCGGCUCUCUGGGGGGUCUCGGCGGCGAUAUCGGUCGGGCCUCUGUUUGGCUGGAGGGAACCCGACCCAGAGGACGAGACGGUGUGCAGAAUCACAGAGGAACCCGGAUACGCCUUGUUCUCAGCUUUAGGAUCCUUUUAUAUACCACUGGCCAUCAUCCUGGCCAUGUACUGUCGCGUCUACACGGUGGCCAAAAGAGAAACCAAAACCCUGAGAGAGGGAAGAGAUGGAGACAGAGUGGAGGUGGAGGGCGUGAUGCUGAGGAUCCACAGAGGAAACUCAGCUCAGACGGGGAAACCGGAAGAAGACGAAGGGACGUCUGAGAGAAAACGUUCCUCCUUCAUCCCACCGAGGCUGCUGAAGUUCUCCAGAGAAGAGAAGGCAGCCAAGACUCUGGGCAUCGUUGUCGGGUGUUUCAUUCUGUGCUGGCUGCCGUUUUUUCUGGUUUUACCCAUCGGAUCCAUCUUCCCAUCCUGUAAGCCCUCUGAGACCAUCUUUAAGAUCACCUUCUGGCUGGGUUACCUCAACAGCUGCAUCAACCCCAUCAUCUACCCGUGUUUCAGCCAGGAAUUCAAGAAAGCCUUCCACAAUGUUCUGCACGGUCGCUGCCUCAGGACUGGGGUGCCAAACACCAAACCACCAAGGAGCAUCACCGCUCAUUCGUCCAGUCCAGGACGGACAUCCAAGACAUCCGUCCAAAACUGUGUCAGUGUUUCCUCAUGGUCUUGCUGCAGGGUUUUGUCAACGUCCUCGUCAUCCGUCGAUGGUCCAGACCAGGCUCAGAGUCCCCAAGUGCAAACUAAGGGUCUGCUGAAGUCGUGGUGUUUCUCAGCGAGUCGACAUCCGGUACCACAGAACACCAACGUUACUGGAUCGGCUAAAGUUUUGCGUCUUUCUCUUGGAAUUACAGGUGAGGCUGUUUGACUGGUGGUGUUGCGGAAACUCUGUGCAUCUAAUCUUCAGUUUCCUAAGGACAACAUUUAUACAUGUUUCUCCAAGGCAUCAGGUCUGCCUGAUAAUGUAUUGAAGCCAGAACAGGGGGAAGAUAAUUCUAUUGCCUUAGAGCUUUACAAAUGCCUGGAGUGUCAAAUGAAAUAUUAUUUGCAACAUGAAUAAAUAAUACUCAUCUGAGCAGCUCUUGAACAGGACGCUAAAUGUCAAAACGUUCAAGUGGAGCUGCUUAGUACCCAACAAGCAGAACACUGUGACGUUCGAUUGCGCAGCAAGAGACUUUUGGGAAACAAACAAACCUCUUUGGCUGCAACAUUAAAGUCAAAAGCCCGUUUGUCUCCAGUGUGGACACAAGGAUAGAAAGCGUAAUCAUCCGAGCUUGCCAAGGAAUUAAAGAGAUAAUAGCAAUCUUGAGGAAAUUGUAAAAAGACAUUGUAAAAGAACUCCAGGGACGUGAUUUCUUUCAACAUUAGUGGUAUUUCUGCAGAUUGCACAAAAGCCCUUAAGGGUAAAAACGCUCAGAAGUCCUCAAAAUAAUUAUCAUUCACCGGCAGUUCUGAGAAAGUGGAAACUGGUGUAGGAGUGUUUUUUUUUUUUUUUUUUUUUUUUUUUACAAGUGUGACCUCUGUUUUAAAGGGAACUAAACACUUGCAAACAUCUGUCACAGAGAGGAAUAAGUUAGAAAUUAAAUAUAUGAGCCUAUAUUUGGGUUUGUGGUGAAUAACGGUACAGUUAAAUCUAACAGAGAAGUCUCAUUUAACCAUUCUGAGGCUUGCAAAGUUUGGUUUUUGCUCAGGCUCUAUUGAAGAUGUGUUGAAUAGACUUUUAACGUUUUACACCAUAGCUUGUGAUGUUCGACGAACAAAUGAAAUGUGUCAGAUGUUUGCUUUUUUUCCUCUCUCAGUCCCGGAUGAAGGACUACUUGUGAAUACUGGUUUCCUGCCAAUUUCGUGCUUCAGAGCUGUUUUUUUUUCCUCACAUGCCGGCACUCGAAAAUGUUCCAGUUAUUUAAAACUGAUGCAUGAGCAACUGUCUGGUGUGUUUAUUCAUCUGUAAGCUGCAUUUGCUGAUUUUUUGACCACCGCAGAGGCAGAAACAAAGCUCUCUAAAGGUGAUAUGCACUCAGCCCUGACAUAUUAUCUCCUUAUGAUGCUGUUGUGGCUAAUGUAAGCGAACACUUGUCUGACACAACAUCCAGCAGAUACAGAAGAACAUUAUCAUCCAUUUAGAGUCAGAUUACUGUCCAUCCAAGGAAUCAAAGACAAAUAUUAAAUGUCUUUAUAGCUUUAUUUUGGUCUUGAGAAACAUAUCCGACCCUAAAACCAAAACAAAGAUCUGUUUGGGAAUCAGUUCAUAUUCUUGGUGCCUCAAUUGAACAAAUUACAAAAAGGGCACUAUUUUCAGACUCCAAAGUAAUGCAGUUUGCAACACAAGUGGCAUUUAAACCAACCAGUGCUACCAACUCUGUGUGCUAAAACAAAAAAUAACUGAUGUUCCCACACAGCCUUUGCUCUGUAAAUGGAAAACCUCAUGGGUUUUACCAAUCAUACAACACUAUUCUAUGUUAACCUCGUAAGUAGCUAAAUAUCAGCAGUCUUUCUCCAUCGCUGGUUCCAGCUUUAAAUUAUUGAAUUAAAAAUAAUCCCAAAUGCAGCCCCCUAUUUGCAGUGUUUCCACAAUGGAUUUCUAUGUGCAUUUUGAAGUACUGCAUUAAAAACAUUUUCUGGA